AUGCUGCGCUACUCGGUAUUGUCAAGUCAGACUCGGCUGCUGUCUGCGAGCAGACAGCGAACCGCGACGCAAUUGCUCGCGAAUCCCAUUGCAAGUAACCGCAUCAUCACUGGCCAGAGAUACUUUGCAGACCAUAAGAAUGUCCCACCAACCAGUCCAACACCGGUCUCUCCCGAAUCGCAGUCGGUAAUCCCUCCGCAGACUGUUAACCCAGUUACGGCGACACCAACUGCGCAGGUCCAAACUUCUCCACCAUCAUCUAUACAACCACCUAAGCCACCAGUGGAAACCCCUAGUAGCAGCCCAAUUCCACCCCCGACACCUAAGAAAACAGGACGUUUUCGACGAUUCCUCCUCUAUCUCAUCCUUACAUCGGGUAUAGCUUACGGUGGUGGUGUUUUCCUGGCGUUGAAGUCGGAUAAUUUCCACGACUUUUUCACCGAAUACGUACCAUACGGUGAAGAAUCUGUUCUUUACUUUGAGGAACGCGACUUUUACCGUCGUUUCCCCAAUGCCACGAGACACAGCAACCGUCUUCCUCCCAUUCACAAGGAGCAAUCGCAAAGGGUCACUAUUCCUAGCAAGAGCGGGCUGUCUUGGAAGGUUUCAGAGGAAGAGUCCGACAGUGCUAGCUUGACUCAGAAAGGACCCCACAACAGCGCUGUUGACGCGUCCAAGGAUGCUUCUGCCGUCAAGACCGUCAUAAAGGCAAAGGAAGAAAGUGCCGAGAAGAAGGCUCCCGUUAAAAAAGAGGCUGCUCCUCCAGCGCCCAAAGAAGAACCCAGAACCCCUGCCAUCGCUACCCCCACCACUCUUGAGUUGAUCAAAGUUGAAGGUGCCGAUGAACCCGUGGUCCAGGAACUUGUUAGGAUAUUCAACGAUAUAAUUACCGUGAUCGGCGCUGAUGAGGGUGCUGCUACCAAAUACGCAGCCCCAGUCUCCAGAGUCCGCACGGAGGUGGAAACCAUUGGCCAAAAGAUCAGCUCUCUGCGUGCUGAUGCUGAAAAGGCGGCCAAGGAAGAAGUUGAAAAGGCACAUGCACUCUUCGAUGAAUCCGCCAAGAAGCUCAUGCAGCAAAUUGAACAGGCUCGUGCCGCGGAAGCCGCUCAAUUCCGUGAAGAAUUCGAAGCUGAGCGAGAAAAGCUUGUGCGCGCAUAUCAAGAAAAGAUUCAGACAGAGCUUUCAAGGGCACAGGAGCUGGCUGAGCAACGCUUGAAGAACGAGCUUGUGGAGCAAGCAAUUGAGUUGAACCGCAAAUACUUGAAUGACGUUAAGGAGUUGGUCGAGCGGGAACGUGAUGGUCGUCUCAGCAAGAUCAGCGAGUUGACUGCGAACGUUAACCAGCUUGAGAAACUCACCACUGACUGGAGCGAUGUCAUUGAAAGCAACCUCAAGACCCAGCAACUCCAGGUCGCUGUUGACGCUGUCCGUUCAGUUCUUGAAGGCGCUACCUCUGCCAAACCUUUCAUUCGCGAGCUCGUUGCUGUCAAAGAGCUUGCUGCUGACGACCCAGUCGUGGCCGCCGCCAUUGCAUCCAUCAACCCCACUGCCUAUCAGCGCGGUAUCCCUACGUCCUCACAGCUCAUCGAACGAUUCCGUCGUGUUGCCGGCGAAGUCCGAAAGGCCAGCCUCCUUCCCGAAGAUGCAGGUAUUGCCAGCCACGCCGCCAGCUUCGUUCUGAGCAAAGUCAUGUUCAAGCGCGAUGCUGUAACCGACGGUGACGAUGUUGAGAGUGUACUUGUGCGAACAGAGAACUUGUUAGAGGAAGGAAACCUUGACGCAGCUGCUCGGGAAAUGAACACACUCCAGGGCUGGGCCAAGAUAUUGAGCAAGGAUUGGCUUGCGGAUGUGCGACGCGUGCUUGAAGUAAAGCAAGCUGUAGAGCUGAUGGAGACUGAGGCUCGUCUGCAAUGUCUACGAGUCGAGUCUUGA